AUGGAUUUCGAAGAGCAAUUAGAAAAGGCUGAAAAAUUACCUACCCCCUCUCUUGUUGGAUCAUCUUUGAGAUCAGCAGAUGACUCUAACCACAAGAACUACAUCCACCCUGAGAAAUAUAAGGGUGGCAGCAAGAAGUCCAAGAAGGACAAGAAGAAUGCUGCGUUGAGCAAUUCCACUCUUGGUGCUUCGUUGGAUGACUUGAUGAGUGAGGGUGCCUUGUUGGGGUCUGAGGAAGACUUCACCAAGUUCCUUGACGAAGAAGGCCAUGUCAAGGAUGACGCAAAGUACUCCAAUGACGUCAAGAGUCCACUUAGCCAAGAAUUCAAGAGAGAGGAUAUCUCUGAACCCACUGAGAAGAAGCAAGGAGGAGAAGAUCAACAAGAGCUGGCUGCAGCUUCUAUUCCCCAGGUCGUCACUGGUGAAACUCAGUAUGAAGAGGAAGACUCCGAAGAGGAAAUUGAUGCCACUCCAAAGCCACGUAAGAAGGCUUCUCCAAGGACUUCCACUGCCUCUACCGGGACUUCUGGUGCCGGUGGUGGCUCAAUCUACCAAAAUAAGGAUUACUCCACGCCAAAUCUCUCUGAGUAUCAAUUGGAAAAUCAGAUCAACGAUCAUAAGGAUUUAUUGAGCUCUGUUCAAUCCUAUGACCAUCACCGUCUACCAACUGGUGAGAGAAGGGAAUAUAACAGUGGCUCCGCUUCUAACGCAGGAUAUGCCGCCAGACCAAAGCCAAGGAAGACUGCUUCCUUUUCCACUCCUAGCCUUAUCUCUGACGAGAACGUAGAGUAUGAUGAACAGCCAGUUAUUCCUAUCAAGGAUGGGAUUCAUACUCCAUACUUCCAGAGAGACGGUAGAUCAAGCUCCAGAUCUAGUUCUAGACAGCCUCCCCCAGAUCGCUCAGGCUCCAGAUCAAGGUCAAGACCUCAUUUAGCUCGUGGUGAUCUGUACAAGAAUACUCACGAUGAAGAUCCUUCCAGGUACGAAUUGCCUGCUAGACUCCAUGAAGAGUCCGAGGAGAUCAAGGAGGAACCAGCUGCUGAAGUUGAAGAAGAUGACAGAAGAAGUAGAAUGUCUAGACCAACCAUGGGUGAUUCUAUUGCUGCUAUCGAACAGGCUGCUCAGAUGAAAAGUUCAACUUCAUUGUUGACCACUGGUGACUACACCAAUUUUGAUGUAGAUACGCCUGAACAUUCGCAAGAUUCUAAACUUUUUGCUGGAAGAUCGUUGUCGUCCACCAACUACCUUAGGUCAAUUUCAAGAUCAAGAUCAAGACAGCCGACCGAGAAGAAUUCACAUGGAAGUAAAGGUGUCAGAACUCAAAGUUUACUCAACGAAAAGAAUGAUGCUGACACCGGAGAAUUGGAAAAGGAAGGUGCUUUGUUAAGUGAUGAUCCAUACUCAACAAUUAACGGGUUAGAUACAAUGGUAGAAGAAGUCUUACAUUUAAAGGGAGAAAAUACCAGUGAACAGGGCAAAAAAAAAACUCCAAUUGAGAAAUCUGUAGAGGAAAAAAAAACGCCAAUUGAAGUAGAAGAAGCAAAUACUUCUACUGAGGGUGAAGUAAGCAAUGAAAUAGCAAAGGAAUCCGAUAAAACUGAGGAGGUGGAAGGUAGUAAGGAAGUUAAGCAUAAUGAAGAGGAUGUUGAAAUACAUGAAGAUAAGCCAGAAGUAGCAGUGGAAGAACCAAAUUCUAAGGAAGUUAGAGAUGCAGAAGAAGAGGCAGAGGCAAAAGAAGUAAAGGAGCCUGUUGCUACAGAUCCAGUGGAGCAAUUGGAAUUAAAAGAUUCUAAUGAUAAGGCUGAUGUGUCAAAAAUUGAAGAAUCCAUAAAGGGCUUGAACUUAAAUGAUUCUGAAAAGAACACUGACGUAAAUGAGCCAGAGAAGGAAGAGGAAGUAGAACCUGCUACCAAGGAUAUUGAGGUAGUCGAUUCAGAAAAAUCUCUUGGUGGUUUGUCAGAGGCUAAGAAAGGUCUGGCUACAGAAGAGGAUAUAGAGAACGAAGAUGAGCCUGUAGAGCCAAAAGAUUCUGAGGAGAUUCCUACAGUAGAAGAUGCUAUUGAAAACGAGCCCAACGCUGAGGAUGAACAAGAGUUGAAACCAGCUGCGAAUAAAGAUGCUGAGAAUGACGAAUCAGUUUCUGAAGAAGUAGAGCCACUUACCAAAAGAGAUGAGGAAGAUGAACCAGCUGCCAAAGAAGCCGAAGAAGAUGCACCAAUUGCCACAGAAGAUGAGGAGGUAGAACCAGUUGCCAAAGAAGCUGAAGAAGAUGCACCAGCAGCCAAAGAAGCUAAAGAAGAUGAUCCAGUUGCUAAAGAAGCUGAAGAAGAUGCACCAAUUGCCACAGAAGCUGAGGAGGUAGAACCAGUUGCCAAAGAAGCUGAAGAAGAUGCACCAGCAGCCAAAGUAGCUGAGGAAGUAGAGCCAGUUUCCAAAGAAUCUGACGAUAGCGCACCAGUUGCCAAAGAAGUGGAACCUGUGGCAGAAGUGGCACCAGCAGCUGUAGCUGAAGCUCCAGGAUCAGACGAGGAAUUUGAUGUCAGUCCCGAAGAAUUGCGUAAGCACUUGGAGGCUCAACCUGUGUACAUCUUCACAUCGUUGAUUGGAGGUAUGCAAGUGAUGUCCAGAACUAACAGACUUUCUACUAUUUUGAGUGGAAAUCAGGUUAAAUACACUUACCGUGAUCUCGGUACUGAUGAAGAGGCUAAGAAGAUUUGGAGGAGAUAUGCUAAUGGAAAGCUAUUACCGGGGGUGGUUAGAGGAGAUGAUUUUAUUGGGAACUUCCAGGAUAUUGAAGAUGCUAAUGAAGAAUACAGAGUCAGAGAGUUGCUUUACGAAACCCUUUAG